CACACUUUGCUAAGAAAACGGGCACCCCAGAUAUUUUGCUAUGUGGUCCUGGUGCUGGGAUCUGUCCUCCAGACUACAUAUGCUUGAAAAUUGGGCCAAAUCCUGAUUACGGUUUCACUAGUUUUGAUACAUUUGGCUGGGCUUUUCUUUCCUUAUUCCGCCUGAUGACCCAGGACUACUGGGAGCGUCUGUACCAGCAGACCCUCAGAGCUUCUGGGAAGGUGUAUAUACUCUUCUUCAUGCUGGUCAUCUUUCUGGGCUCAUUUUAUCUAGUCAACUUGAUUCUGGCUGUAGUAACAAUGGCAUACGAAGACCAGAACAAGGCCACCAUUGCUGAAACGGAGGCAAAGGAAAGGAAAUUUUGGGAAGCCAUGGAAUUAUUACAGAAGGAGCAGGAGUCAUUGGCUGUUAAAGGAAUUGAUAUCCUGUCAAUUAGCUCUUUUGAAGCCUCUUCUCUGUCUACCAAAGAAAUCAAAGAAAGAAGCAAUAGGAAAAAGAGAAAUAAGUCCUUGGGGAUAGAAGAUAAUGAAGAAGAACAACAAUUCCCCAAGUCACAGUGCACUGAUAAUCAACGAAAGUUGUCUUUCCUUGGUCUGGUGUACGGUUCCAACGCAAAUCAGGUGAAACACAGACUUAGCCAUGGGAACGUGUUCAAUUUCCAAAUACCUGCUUUAGAAGUUGGUUCCAGAGCGGAUCUUGGUGAUGAGGAGACCCGCAGUCCCGGGGAACACGAAAUCCAGUGUCGGUCCCUGUCGGUCACGCAGAUGGGAAGACGCUCCAGCGUGCAAAGUCAAAUGAGCCACAGCUCUCGCCCCGCUACCCCCAACUGCGUGCAGAGCAGCAAGUGGGCUAACGCGGACGACUGCAACGGGGUGGCUUUGGUGAUGGGAGGAGGAAGCAGCAGGGUACACAGUCUAGAUCCAGUGUCUUCUGAAGGAGUAAUGCUUCCACCAGUGAUGGAAGACCCAGGAAAGGGUGAUCUGCCAGCUGUAAAUGAUGAGAGCAGCAUGAUGCAUUUGCCUCCUCAUCUGUCAGUGGAGUACUUUAACGAGGCACUUCAGAGACAAAGGGCAGCAAGUGCAGUCAGCGUAAUUACCAGUGUCUUGGAGGAACUUGAAGAAUCCCAGCGGAGAUGCCCACCGUGCCUGAAUGAUUUUGCUUUAAAGUAUCUAAUUUGGGACUGUUGUCCACUUUGGUUGAGAAUCAAGAAGAAAGUGGCUGCUUUCAUAAAGGAUCCUUUUAUUGAUCUCACCAUCACUGUUUGCAUUGUGAUGAACACUUUGUUCAUGGCACUGGAGCACAAUAAUAUGUCAGAUAACUUUAAGUCAAUGCUUAAUGUAGGCAACUUGGUUUUUACAGGAAUCUUUACUGCUGAAAUGAUCUUAAAAAUCAUUGCUCUAGAUCCCUAUUAUUAUUUUCAGCAGCGCUGGAAUAUUUUUGACAGUAUAAUUGUCACAUUGAGUUUAAUUGAACUGAGUUUACCCAAACACAAAGGCAAGAAAGAAAGGCGAAAAGGAGGAACCCUGUCGGUUUUACGAUCCUUCAGACUGCUAAGGGUCUUCAAACUGGCAAAGUCCUGGCCAACUUUAAACACUCUAAUUAAAAUCAUUGGUAACUCCCUGGGAGCACUGAGUAAUCUGACCCUCGUCCUGGCAAUCAUCGUUUUCAUUUUUGCUAUAGUAGGGAUGCAACUUUUUGGGAGAAGCUAUGGGGAGAACAGCUGUAAAAUACAUAAAAAUUGCAAGCCACGCUGGCACAUGAUGGACUUUUUCCACUCCUUUCUUGUCAUUUUCCGAAUUCUAUGUGGAGAAUGGAUUGAGACCAUGUGGGAGUGCAUGGUGGUCGCUGAACGACCGCUGUGCCUUCUUGUCUUUCUGCUGGUCAUGGUGAUAGGAAAUUUAGUG